CCGCCAGGUUGGCACGUCAGUUAUAGCCGUGACGCUACAGCACACUGGCGCAUCUAUUAUUCAUAUCUAUGUUUGUGACAUACGGCUUGUCUCAUUCACAUUAAAAGCGUUUCUCAGAGACGAAACUAGUGUGGGUCGCUAGAAAGGCAGGAACUAAAAUGUAUUGUACAAAAGAUAGAAAUGAGAGCAAUAUGUAAUGAACGUGUUCGAUGCAAAAGCGGAAGUGACGACACUGGUUUCGUCGUCGUGGUUUCCGCUUCAGUUACGGCCACACACACACAUUUGUACACUUGAAUGCACACUAGUAGUCAUAUUUUUAGAUAAUAUACGCAUGAUAAGGUAGCCACAACGAUAAACGCUGUAAAAUAAAACACGCAUAUACUUUGUUAGAAUUACUGUACUACAGUAAAGUACGGACUACAGGCGGCGACAUUUCCCCAUUCCACCGCUGGUACAAUCCGUCGAAAAAAUGGUGAACUCUUAACAGCCGUGGACGCCUCAAUGGUUUGAGCUGCGUGAAGGUGAAGACGGCCGACGGUUUUGUCUCCUCGGAGCUAGCCUGUCGUCCUCGAAGGGACGGCCGGGGGCAGCAGGCGCGAGCUGAGGCUGGAGCCUCGGGGGACCAGUCGGACAUGAACGGGGAGGAAAUCCUAUGCAGUCAACACUGUGCCCCCGCUUCAAGUUGUCCUCAGUCGACGUCUCCGGUCCGCGAGGAAAAGAUGACCAACAUGGCGCAGGAGAGAAGAAGUACUUCCCAGUGUUGCCAGAGGAGCGAUGUCCAGUGGCUGGGAGAAGGCCGAAUCGCAAAUGGUAUCGGCCCGACCGCGAAAGAUUGCCACUCUUCGGACACGGCAAGGCAGCUUUCCUCUUGCUGGUCAGACGAAUGUACAUCACCUCUACAGCUUCAAUGUCGCCUUGAGCCUGCUGCAGAGCGCCCCAUGCAGCUCUCUGCCGACAGGCAUCCCGCUCCUUUGCACAGUAGCAACCGAAGCUCUGCUGUGCCCCGCCGCAAGCAGCAAAAGCGAGCCAUGCCCAAAAUCCCCCGAGGGAAAAACUCCCAGAACAAAAAAGUUACCGACUUCUUUCCAAUAAGACGCAGCUCACGAAAAAGUAAAACGGAGCUCAAGUGUGAACAGAAGCACCUCAUUGACCACCUCAUCACAAACGGGAUAGAGGAAGGAAUGCAAGUGCGGCACAUGGAGGGAAAGGGCCGAGCGGUGUUUGCCACGCGACACUUCCGGAAAGGCGAGUACGUGGUGGAGUACCACGGAGAUCUCCUGGAGAUGGCAGACGCCAAAAAGCGGGAGGCGGAGUACGCCCAGAACCCGGAGACGGGCUGCUACAUGUACUACUUUCAGUACCUCUGUAAAGCUUACUGCGUGGACGCUACCAAAGAGACCAAUCGUCUGGGGCGUCUGAUCAAUCACAGCAAGAGCGGCAACCUGCAGACCAAAUUGCACGACGUGGACGGCACGCCGCACCUCAUCCUGGUGGCGUCGCGGGACAUCGACGAGGGCGAGGAGCUGCUGUACGACUACGGCGACCGAAGCAAGGCGUCCAUCGCUGCGUACCCGUGGCUCAAACACUAACUCCAGGGAGAACCUCUUUUAUUUAUAAACACAACUCCCAAAAAUGUAGAGAAGGUCAAAUUAAGUUCACCUGCAACAGUUGUGUUGCCCUUUCAGUUAAUCCUGAAAUUUCACCACAAAGCCGUUUUGGGAGCCGUGCUUCAUACACACUUUAUUUUAUUUUUUUCUCUACACAUUUUCUACGGAUGACGCACGUGGGCAUACUUCUAAAGGUUGGUGCAUUUUUAUACCUUUUUUUUGCGCUUAUUACUGCACUGGUUUUUAAAGGACACUGAAUUCAACCUAGAACAUUCUUCACAUGGUAGCUUUGAAUUAUGGGUUUUUGCUUGUUUUUUAGAGUUGGAUGAAUUGGAAACACAUUUUUAGAGGGUCUACUUCUGUUUUUUAUUUUUGCAAAAAUAGCUUCUUUUUUUUAACAACUUGGGAACCUUUUACAUUUGGGCCACACUGAAAAGAAAAUAAAGUAAUUCUUCUACCGGGAA